CCCUAGUGACCGGUUAAGUACUAAUAUUACUAUUACAGCCAUAGUCAAUCAUUAUUCACGUCCCUCCUUUGAAAAGCAAGCUCUCCCGGUACACCUCGGCUGCUUCAGCUAUGACGGCUCCUCAUGUGUCAAUGCCCCGGUUAAUACACAAGUGUCUCCAUCAUCGACUGACUCUUGCUCGAACCCCAUUACUGGCUGUACAACGCCGACCUACAAAUAACCAUUAUAUCGAAAAGCGUGCUGUAAGAGAAAAUUCGUCCAUUGCAACAGCUCAAAGCACUUCUGCGUCCGGAAAGAUGGCAUCGCAGAAGGAUGGCCCCAAGCCGAAGCCCAAACCGUCAAUCCCGAGGCCGAGUUCAAGUGUAGUACUGAUCUCACCUAAAAAUGAAGUACUUUUGCUUCAUCGCGUCAAAACGUCUACGUCAUUUGCAUCAGCUCAUGUCUUUCCAGGGGGGAACCUAUCUGAUCAAGAUGGAAAGUGUCCACCAGUAGAGGAUCCAAAAAGGCAUGAUGAUGCCCCCUGGUAUAGGAAUGCCGCUCUUCGAGAGCUCUUCGAAGAAAGUGGUAUUCUCCUCGCUAAGGAUCAGAAUUCCGGGAAGAUGUUAGCAGUCUCAGAGCACAAACGAGAAGAAGGCAGAAAGAAAAUUCAUCGCAAUGAAGUGACUUUCACUGAGUGGCUGAAGCAACAGAAUCCUGCCGCAGUCCCAGACACAGAGCAAUUGAUUCCGUUCACACGAUGGAUUACUCCUACAAAUGUACCAAAGCGAUACUCUACUCAGAUGUAUUUGUACUUCUUGCCCUUGCCUCUUGAGUCCGACAAGUCACUCCUCAGCGAACUUCCCGCCGAAGGAGAGCGGGAGGAAAUCCAGAUUCCUACGAGUGAUGGCGGUAUUGAAGUCACCGAAGCUAGGUUCCUACCUGCAUCUGAAUGGCUCCGGCUGGCAGGCAGUGGGGAAGUUGUUAUGUUUCCGCCACAAAUUCUCUUGUUGCAUCUGGUGUCACAGUUCCUGGAUCAAGCGCCUCGGACAGACAAUUCUGUGGACGAGUUGGGAAGACGACGAGCAAAGUUGGUUGAUUUUGUCCAUACGGGUAACCCCCCGUGGACAGAGAAGUGUAUAUCCCCCAAGAUGCUCAAGAUGUCGUCCGAUGGACGAACAGUUCUUGCAUUAGAUCAUCCCGGACCAGAACUGAAAGGUACGGAUAGACAGGGCGAGCCCGACAGGGUUGUACUGGUGAAGUUCGCAAAGGGAACAGCCCUGCAAGUGGAGGUGCGGUGGAAGAAAGACGUCUUUACGGGGGAUAAAGAGCGAAGCAGUCUAUGA